AUGCUGCUCACAAACGAAGCUGGCCUGAUCCCACUUGAGGUUAAGUCUACCAUUGCAACUGCUGUGGCAUACGAGAGAGCAAGAAGAGUCCCAGAAGACAACCCGAUCCGUGCCUCAGCUGAAGGAACAUCAAAAAUACGCUUAAAGUCCAUCAACAGUUGGAGGGAAGUGGGCCGACAGAGCUCUAAUAACGCGGGACUGGAACAUCUAAUCCGAGAACCCCUGCGACCAGUGAGUACAACUCCCCCGUGGAAGACCCCCUGCAACCUCACAAUCAACUCAAAACUUGCAGUGUCUACGACAAAAACAGAUCCACCUAAUAUGCGACGUGAAGCAGCUCUUGAGACCGUGCAUCAAUUGCCUACGUCCGACCUCGAUAUCUUCACUGACGGCCAUGCCACAGACGGCUACAGGUUAUGUGGAGGAGGAUACUGGUGUCUAGACAAAUCUUCUGGGGAGGAAACAUGCGUAUCCGUGCCUGGGGACUAUACAGAAGCAGCUACCGUGCUGAAACUACCGCCCUGCUCCGCGUACUGCAAUGGCUCGAAAAACAACCACGUUUUCAAAGAAUCCACAUCUUCACAGACUCCCAGUCAGUCAGGUGUUCAACACUUAAUGUCCAGAGUGACUGCAGUUUGUACUGAGAUAGAGGACAAAAUGUGGACCACUAUCUGCCAAUGCUGUGAAAUUCACGGACACCUUCACAUACAAUGGAUACCAGGACAUUGCGACAUCUACGGGAACGACCGAGCUGACGCCCUGGCCAACAAGGGAGGCCACCUCGACCAGUCCUACACUCCAGUCGAUAUUGCGUCAGCAAACUCGUGCAUCUCGCGUUACAUCAUUGCCCAAGCAUGGGAGAAAGCGCGAGUGCACGACUCCGUCGGGGGAAAGGUGAAGCCACCACUGGAGAGGGACAAAGAGAAAGACCUUACCGUCAGACAGAGAAGAGUGUUAUCGCAGCUAAGAUGCAACGCGAACAGCCCCAUCCCGCAGACGUAUCUCCAUGCAAUAGGCUCUGCUCCCAAUGAUUCCUGUCUGGCGUGUACAAGUCCUGACGACCUGCAGCACGCACUGUAUGAGUGCCCGCGGGGGGAAGCACAUCGAGGCCCACUUAUGGAGAACAACGCGAGACCGGGCCUGGAUGUACUCUGGACGAGGCCACAAGAGGUUGCCGCUUACCAGUCUGCCUGCGGCAGACUGCCCCCAUCCUAA